AUGCCAAGAAGGGUGACCAAAAAACUCAAACAUAAAAACAAAACUCCGAUAUACAAAGCCAAUGACGGUAGCGAGCAUACACCGACUAAAGAGGCAGUGGAAGUUUCUAUUCAUCACGCGAAAAAUCCCGAACCUGAUGAUUCGGAAUUUACCGAAGAGAUCGAUUAUCGACCUAGAAAGAGAGUUCGUAGAAAAUAUCCAGUGCGUAGCACAACUAUCGAGCACGAACAUAAUUAUUCGGAGAAAUUAUAUUAUGAAAAGUUUGAUAGUGCAUUUAAUGAUCGUGUCGAAGUGACGACUUCCGAAAAGCGUGCAUCUAAAAAAGUAUCACCAGAUUUACACUCAGGAUCAUCCCAUCGAAGAUUUCCGAAGAGGAAGUCGUCGAGAAAGAAUAUCGACUAUUCAGUGAAAAGAUACUAUGAAAAAUUUGAAUCCGCUAUGAAAACCAAGAUUUAUAAUAAGAAUUCAAGAGGAAUUAAAGGAAAAACGGAGUCCACAGAUGAUUUGAAUAAUGAUCGGAUAAAUGAAACCGAAGAACCAAAUGAAUCAGACGAUUCAUCCAAAAAAUGA